UAGUAUUUCUUUGCUAUAAAUGGUGUACAUUAUCUAUUAGUUUUGAGUUUUUGACUUUAAAAUCUUAACUAAAUUGAAGUUUGAAAGUUCUUAGAGAUUUAGAAAGUUGCAAAAGCAAGCUGACUAUUGAACAGGAUUCCGCAGAUAAUUGCAGUGACCCCUCAAGUAUUAAUUAUUUAUCUAUCAAUCAAAGUUCACAAACAAUUAUUUGCACAACAUUUUCAACAGUGCAGUAUUUUCAAUUUUAAAUACUCAACAACUUGCUUAGAAAUGGCACAAAAAACCGCUUUAUUCAUUGUUGCAGAAGGUAGUGAAGAGCUUGAAUUAGUCGCUCCUGUUGACAUCCUUCGUCGAGCUAAUGUGACUGUAACAAUUGCUGAUGUAGCUGAUUCUGAAUAUGUGAAGACUAAAUCAAAUCUACUAAUUAAAACUGAUGCCAAGUUAGGAGAUGUAAAAAAUAACAAGUUUGAUGCUGUUGUUAUACCCGGUGGUCCAUCGUACAAGACCUUGGCUUCAGCUGAUAUUGUUGGACAAAUUUUACUUGAACACGAAAAAUCUGGUAAAGUCAUUGCUGCUAUCUGUGCUGCCCCAUUUGUGUUGUUCAAACAUGGAAUUGCUAAAGGAAAAUCAUUGACAUCUUAUCCAACUGUUAAAAGUGAUAUUGAGGGUUGUUACCAAUACAAAGAAGAUAGUACAGUAGUUGAUGGAAAUCUGGUAACCAGUCGUGGACCUGCUACUGCUGUUGAAUUUGGAUUAAGCUUAGUAGAAGUGUUGCUUGGUAAUGAAGAAAAAGUUAAAGUUGCCAAAGGCAUUCUUUAUCCUUGUUAAAAUAUGAUUGUUUUUUUUUAAUAUUUAUAUAAAGAUUAAAAAUAAAGUUUAUAAGCUUUAACAAAA